AUGCUGCUUCUCCUCUCUCGAAACAACAAGUCGCCCGAGGCGCCAUCGGCAGAAGCCUCGUCGUCUUCCGCUUCGUUCCGAUCACGUAGCAGCGCCACUUCGGCAUCAGCAUACCGAUCCAACGGCGGACGCUCGUCACAAAAGGCAGCUGAGCUGCGCGCACGCUACGAGAUGGCACAGGCAAUCCAGAAGCCGUGGCCACUGCAUUUGUUGGAGAACGGCGUCAAGCCCAACCCUUCCACCGCUGCUUCUACAGGCAGCAGCAGCAGCAGCAGCAGCAGCAGCAGCAGCAGCAGCAGGUCGCAUCGAACAUCACGGCCUUCGUCUUCAUCUGCCCCAAAGAAUUCGUCGUCAUCGUCGUCCGGAUCUCGUCGUUCUCGCGCCGCCGCACCAACAGAGUUGCCAGGUCUCGCUUUGGAGUCUACGACAAGGUCAAGCAACAAGAAACGCGACUCGGCGAGCUCGCUCGACCGACUCUCGCUAUCGCCUACGUUGAGCAACUGGAUCCGAAGGGCGAGUAAGGACUCGGACAAGAGCUCGUCUAGCUCCGAUAGCCGUCGGUAUUCUUCCUCAUCUUCUCCGAUCGAGUCCGACACGACGAGCCCGAUGUACUCUCCCAAGCAUCUCUAG